ACUACUGGGAAAACAGAAUCGGUGGACUCCUGUUAUCGUACAGAGCUCAGCUUCCACAGUAACUGCCUCCUCUCCAGCUACACGUCAGCCCUCGACACACCUGUCCUCCCGCCAGCUUCCAGGAAAAAUUACCCCAACAGGUAGACCACAUCCACAGUAAACAUGGGCUGCUUCGGGUUCCUCAAAUUCAUGAUGUUUAUCUUCAACGGCCUCAUCUUUGUGGCGGGGGCUGCCCUCCUGGGCGUGGGUAUCUGGGUGAAGGUGGACAGUAGCUCCAUCAUGGGUCUACUCAACAGUAUGGAAGGGGCACCAGAGGAGCUGGGCCAGCUGCUCAACGUGGGCUACCUGCUGAUCGCCAUCGGAGUGGUGCUGGUGGUCAUCGGCUUCCUGGGUUGCUGCGGCGCCAUCAAGGAGAGCCGCUGUAUGCUCAUGCUGUUCUUCAUCAUCAUUCUGGUGAUCUUCCUGGCGGAGGUGGCCGGUGCGGUGGUGAUGUUGGUGUUCAAACCAGUGGCGAAGGAGUUGAUUGGGAAAGUGGGGGACGCCGCGAAGAAGAGUAUCGUCAAAGAAUACGGCUCCAAUAUUGACGUCACCCAACUUUGGAACUCGACCAUGGAUGCGCUGGAAUGCUGUGGAUUCUACAACUACACCGACUUCACAAACUCGACAUACUUCACUGACAACAAAGUCUACCCGAGCCAGUGCUGCCAGCAGGGGUCGCCGCUCUGCACUGAAACUGAAGCAUCCAACAACGCGACAUCAAUAACUGGUUGCUUCCCGAAGAUUGUGCAGCUUAUUGAGGACAACUCGGUUGCGAUUAUUGGGGUCGCAUUGGGAAUCGCUGCUCUAGAGCUCCUUGCCAUGAUCGUCGCCAUGACCCUCUACCGUAAGAUCGGUUCAAAGAAUGGAUGACGGACUGACCUAGUUCUAACCAAAUGAUUCUUCCUUGAUCACAGCAAUGAGUAGUGGACUUUGUGCAAUCAGUAGACUUAUCCUGCUCAUCGCCAAUGGCAUGAACUUAAAUUAGUUUUAGAUUGUUUUUGUUUGUAUACCAAAUCUAAUUGAUGCCUCGAAUUAAUAUCUGUAUUUAUUUAGGAUAGCGCUACACUUGAAAGCGAUUAGGCUCACAUUUCUCACACUCGCUUCCGUUAAGGACUUCUGUCUUUGGUUUACACUGUUCAGAAAUUCCUGUGGAUUAACCAAACUAUUUUUAAAACAGAACACUGUGGUUUAAAUCUUUUGUAUUCAGAUUACUGUAUAAAUGCCCGGAAGGUUAUUUUGACGUUAUUUUAAUGUUAUGGUGACAAGGAUUUUGAAAUAAAGUGAAGUUUAUUUCUCUA